AGGCGAGAACGGACCACCGGGCAGCUGUUGUUUAAAAAAUUAGUUGCCUUUAGCUGCGGUCUGGACACUCUGGGGAUGCGUACUCAACCCCCGUAGCCCUGUGCGACCCUUCGUCCAUAUCGCCCCCAGGUUUUUCUCUCUCUUCCCCUCGCCCCGAACGGACCAGGAGCGAUACUCCGCGCCCUUCCCCAAUGCUCCCCAGAGGUUGGAUCUCAUCAGCCCUACCGUUGACCCCAAUUAUCCGACGAGCUUCAUGAACGAUUCUUUGCAGCAUCUUCUUCAUGCUGUGGAGCCCGAGUUCCCGUCGCUCGGUGCGCUGCCAACCCCGCAGAAUCUCCCGGAGGAUCUAAGACGGGACAGCAGCCAGGAGAAUCACAAUGAUGAUAAUAGCAGCAGCCAUGCGACGGCCUCGAGGAAACGCCCUGCUCCACGUGGGACGGCCGCUUAUCCUCGCAAGCGUGCCAACAAGGCCUGUCAGGUCUGCAGAGCCCGUCGGACGAAAUGCGACAACAAGAAGCCUUCGUGUUCGUUCUGCGAGAAAGUAGGCGCCAAGUGUAUAACGAGCCCGACGGAUCUGUCAUCGUUUGAUCCGGCGAGUUUGGCGAUUCUAGAGAAGCUGGACCGACUAGAGCAGUUGAUACGCACCAAACCGGGGGAAGAGGAGUUGAACAGAGCCGCAGCGCUCGAGCAGGAGACUUCUCCCAUCGAGUAUGGAUCACCUGUGUCCAACUUGUCCUACGGUCCAGACUUUAGCAUGGUUACCAUCGAAACGGUCCUCUCAUGGCCAGUUUUCCGCAACAGAUUUGACUCUCGUCUGGACUUGAAAGCUCUACUCAAUCGAUCGGAUCCUUCAGCCGCGCACGGCAGGUCCCUGGCGGUAGAUCCUGGUCCCUUCGUGGAAAAUCUCGAUCUAGGAGGCUGUAAUCGAUUGCUCGAUAGCUUUCUGGAGCGAGUUCACAUCGCAAAUCCCAUUCUAGAUGUUCCUCUAGUCCGUCGUUUUGUCCAUCAAGCGUGCGUGAGCGGAAUCGGCUGGGAUACGCCAUCCUGUCUCGUGCUCUUGUUAUGCGCCCUUGGUUCCAUAGCAGAAGCCUUCCAGGGUCGGUAUGAGGCCAAAUCGAUUCUGGCGAGAACUUCGCCAGCCUUUGUCCUUGCGAAUUCGUACUUUGAGGCAGCAGAAAAACGAAUGGGCUGCCUUAUGCAUAAGGGAGGCGUGCUCGAGGCACAGUGCUUCUUCUACGCCGGUGUAUAUUUGAUGACUCUUCAGCAGCCAAUGAAGGCAUGGAGGUUUUUUGUUCAAGCAGCAGCGACUUCCCAGGGAUUCGACUUUCCACGGAAGCCUUUGAGCCCUGAGGCAAUGACCAGCCCUGAAGCUAGACGCGAACGGGCGUCGCAGGAAAGCAUGUACUGGACGUGUUUGAAAUCGGAACUGGAAGUUCGUAUAGAAUUGUCCCUACCGGGCUUUGGGUUGCAGGAUCUUUCUUAUCCCACGUCUUUCCCAAGCCCUCCAUCUGAGCAUCUGGAACAGGGUGCAGCUCGGGCUUGGUACUAUUAUCUAGCGGAGAUUGCAUUAAGAAGGUUGGCCAACCGGAUUCUACAUCACUUGUUUAGAAAUCAAGAGGAAGGCAGGUUCUUCCGCAUUAAGCAGAUGGUUGAUUCCACUGCCGCCUUCGAGUCGCAGGCGGCUGACUGGAUGGCUUCACUUCCUCAAAUGUUUUCAUUAGCAACGCCGGAGAAGGAUGAUGACAUGCUCAAAUUCGUCCUCCGUGGCCAUCUGCUGGAUUGUUACGAAUGGAUGUACUUUCCCUUCAUGGCGGAAACGAUCAAUCACGGUCAACGUGAUCCGUCCGUCGAUGAAUACGCGCGGAAAGGCUUGCAGAUGUCUGUAGACAGAAUUCGCAAAAACCAGCCGGGCUUCAACCACCGCCAUCAUGGCACGUGGCUCAUGCUUCGUUCCUGCACACGGAGCGCCCUAAUCCUUCUUGCAGCAUCUCACAGUCGCGAAGCACAGGAUCUUAUGCCUGAGGGAUGGCAGGAGGCUGUGAAGAGUGCAAUGGAUAUGCUACGAUUCUGGGAAGAAGAGGUCAGCGAUGCCCGUGACCGUCUUCAUAUCAUAACAGAACUCAUGGGCGGCGAUACACGAGGUCCGCCAUAUUCCAGCUCGUAGGUAGCCGCCUAUAUACGUCCCAGUACGUAGUACUACGUACACAGAGAUACCAGGUCAAUACUAUAAACAAUGUAUCACCAGACCACGAGUAACCCAAUUUACCAGGACUCAAUUAGCCCUAUAGCAUCUGUAGUUAUACGAUUGUCAAUUAUUGACUGUUAAUGUACAAGUCCACAAUGUAAAAAUCAGGC